CACCGAUUCACCAACCCACUGAAAGUAACACAAGUGCCUGAAUCCUGAUUGCUGACAUAUAAACCAACUCAGAAGCUCCGCCUCCUUUCCAAUCAACCGCCACAAAAACUCAGAGGAGAGAGAAAAUCAGUCACUUAAGGAGUGAGAAUUUGCGGCAAUAAUAGCUAUGUCAAUGGCGCUUCGCAGACUCUCUUCUUCUUCCUCCUCUUCCAUUCGUCCUCUCUUCAAUGGCGGUUCUCAUUACUACAUGUCUUCUUUAUCAAAUGAAGCUACUUCGCAAAACAAUCGAUCUCGUGUCAAUUGGAUAAAGCAGCUGAAUGAACCGCUUGAGGUUAUUGAUCCUGAGGUUGCAGACAUUAUUGAGCUGGAAAAAUCUCGGCAAUGGAAGGGGCUUGAGCUUAUACCGUCAGAGAAUUUCACCUCUGUUUCUGUAAUGCAAGCUGUGGGGUCUGUCAUGACUAACAAAUACAGUGAAGGAUAUCCAGGGGCUAGAUACUAUGGAGGAAAUGAGUACAUUGAUAUGGCUGAGUCUUUGUGUCAGAAGCGGGCACUUGAAGCAUUUCAGUUGGAUCCUGCUAAAUGGGGAGUUAAUGUGCAGUCUCUGUCUGGGUCACCAGCUAACUUUCAAGCUUACACUGCUCUUCUGAAACCUCAUGAGAGAAUCAUGGCACUUGAUCUACCUCAUGGUGGGCAUCUUUCACAUGGUUAUCAGACUGACACCAAGAAGAUAUCAGCUGUGUCCAUAUUCUUUGAGACUAUGCCAUAUAGAUUGGAUGAAAGCACAGGGUACAUCGAUUAUGAUCAGCUGGAGAAGAGUGCUGCCCUGUUUAGACCUAAACUAAUAGUUGCUGGUGCAAGUGCUUAUGCACGCCUAUAUGAUUAUGCACGCAUCAGAAAGGUUUGUGACAAGCAAAAAGCUAUUUUACUAGCAGAUAUGGCGCAUAUUAGCGGGUUGGUUGCUGCAGGUGUCAUUCCUUCUCCUUUUGAGUAUGCAGAUAUUGUGACAACUACAACACAUAAGUCCCUCCGAGGACCACGAGGGGCAAUGAUUUUUUUCAGGAAGGGUCUGAAGGAGAUAAACAAGAAGGGGCAGGAAGUAAUGUAUGAUUUUGAAGACAAAAUCAAUCAAGCUGUCUUUCCAGGACUUCAAGGUGGACCACAUAAUCAUACUAUUGCAGGCUUAGCUGUUGCAUUGAAACAGGCUAGGACUCCAGAGUACAAAGCCUAUCAAGAGCAGGUACUCAGUAACUGCGCUGCAUUUGCCCAGAAGCUAGCUGACAAAGGAUAUCACCUGGUGUCUGGUGGGACUGAUAACCAUCUAGUCUUGGUAAAUCUGAGAGACAAGGGCAUUGAUGGAUCACGGGUUGAAAAAGUUUUGGAAGCAGUUCAUAUCGCAGCUAAUAAGAAUACAGUUCCUGGUGAUGUGUCAGCCAUGAUUCCUGGAGGCAUUCGUAUGGGAACCCCUGCUCUAACAUCUAGGGGAUUCAUGGAAGAGGAUUUUGCAAAAGUGGGCGAGUUCUUUGACGAUGCUGUGAAAUUGGCAUUAAAGAUAAAAGCUGAUACGAAAGGGACAAAGCUGAAGGAUUUUGUGGAAACUAUGCAAUCAAAUGACAAGUUUCAGUCCGAGAUAACGAAGCUACGUGGAGAAGUUGAAGAGUAUGCAAAACAAUUUCCAACAAUUGGUUUUGAGAAAGAUACGAUGAAAUACAAGGAGUAGGCACUGCUUACAAUGAAGUACGACAAUAAUGCUCAGAUAAAAUAUUCAGCCAAUUUGUAGGGGAUAAUAUUGCACAAUAUCAAGGUUGAGAAGGGCGAAAGAAGCACCAGAUUGGAGGAGACAUUCUGAGUACACAACACUUUGGUUCCUAAGCAGAUUAGCGAAAUCAGUAUUUGAUGCAUAUUUGCGCUAGGCAUUUAUACAUGACAACGACAUAAAUCAUUGAUUGCGACAAAUUUAUGUCGUCAUUAUUAACAGAUACUUUACACCUUUCAUAUCUUUUUUUUUUGGAAUCAAGACGAGAAGAACCUUUUCGUUCCUUGAUAAAGAAAGCUUGAAGUACGGCCUUGCAUUUUUUUUUUCUUUUCUUUACAUGGAGAAGUUAGAACAUCCUUCUCUUAGUAGAACUGCAUGGCAUUAGAGAACUGCAUGGCAUGUUAUGUGGUAGAGGACUUUCUAAAUUUUUGAUGUCUUUAUCUAAGUUUCUCAUAUUUGAACUUA